AUGGAUUGGAGGAUUAAUAUUAAUGAUAUGUCUUCUUUCUUCUUGUUUGAGGCAAGUGGAGACUCUGAGGGAGAUUCCGAUCACUUUGGAGAUUCGGAGUUUUUGGCGAUGUGUAAUGGCUUCUCUUUUGCUCGAGAUGAUGAUGAAGAGUCAUGUAGCUGUGACGCCAGCGUUGUGCUUUGUUCUGAUGAUGAGCUUGAUGAUGACUGUGAAAUUGAGCAAGAUUUCAGCGACUCCUAUAUGAUGAGAUUGUCGGGAGCCACAUCGGAGUACGUGCCGGGGGACGAGGGAGAAGAAUCAUCAUUUAGGGUUGGCGUUGAUGAGGGAAGAAGUAGCACGGUGAUGGUGAUGGAUGAGAUGGAAAGAAACAGGCUCUUUUGGGAGACUUGCUUAGAAAUAGGGCAUCCAUAG